CUCUGGACCACAGAGACUUCACUCACUUGAGAUUGUCUGGACUUUAGAAAUAACGAUCCUUCAACAAAAUGGAUAUGAUUUCCGGGAUACAGAAGAUGUCAGUGGGGCAGCCGCCAGCGGGAAAGGGUGCGGCGUGUCUGACAUGUAAAGGGAUCUGCUCUGGAUUCCAGCCACAUUCCUGGAGAAAAGCUUGCACUCAGUGUCGCUGCAGCCAAGAAGACCAUGCACCCAGCUCAGACCUCCAGGAUGACCAUAAAAUGGGCCAAUUAUUAGCAUAUUCCAAAUAUGCCCACCUGACCGCCAAAGUGAAAGGUGGAGAAGGCCUGAGGGUCUACAAACGCAACCGCAUGAUCAUCACCAACCCUGUGGUGUCUCGCAAAGACCCCACCUUUAACACCAUCACAUAUGACUGGGCCCCACCUGGCCUGACUCAAAAACUGGCCAUGCAGUAUAUGGAACUUCUCCCAGAGGAAAGGAGGCCCGUGGCUGGCACGGAAGGGGCGCUGCACAGGCGCAGGCAGUUGAUGAGGCAGCUCCCAGCCUACGAUCAGGACCCAUCACAGUGCCACAGCUUGUCGGAGGCUGAAGUCAAAGCCAUGGCUCAGUUUGUACAAAGUUAUAAGGAGGAGGCGUUGGGAGUCGGGGAGGUAGCGCUGCCAGGAGAGGGAGGAAUGUCUAAAGACAGUAGUGGAAAACAGAAGAAUGAGAAAGAACAGCCAAACCCAGAACCCACCACCAACGGCACACUGGAAGAGAAUGGCAAGAAGGGUGAAUAUCACUGUAGCGGCUGCGGGCAGUUGGCAGCCCCGGACAGUCCCGUCGUGUAUGCCGAGAGAGCGGGAUACGAGCGCCUCUGGCACCCCACCUGUUUUGUGUGUGCGGAGUGUGGCGAGGCGCUGGUUGAUCUGGUGUACUUCUGGAGGAAAGAGACGCUGCUCUGUGGCCGGCAUUACUGCCAGAGUCUAAAGCCGCGCUGUCCCGGUUGCGAUGAGCUGAUCUUCUCAGAGACAUGCCAUCAGGAAAAUGGCCAGACCUGGCAUAAAGAGCAUUUCUGCUGCUGGCAGUGUGGCCAGAAUCUCCGCGUUCAGUGCGGCUGCACCAAGAAACCCCAAAAAUGAAAGCGCCGAGCCAUCGAUUCGGUUUGCUGCGUGGAAGCAGAAGGCCAGUUUGGAUUCAUGGCAUUGUUUUUUUUUUUUGUUGUUGUUGCAAGUUUUUCCCACCCUUGAUGUGCCAUCCAGACUGUAUUUCCCUACUAUAUAUGAAUUAGAAAUAGAAAUAGAAAAUGACGUCACACCAUUACAUUAAACAUUGGUGGCAGUUAUAUCUAAGUAAAAACGUAUGUCUAUGUUUAAAAAGAGUCAACUUUUCUUUAGCAGAAAGUGAGUGUUUGUAAUAAAAUGGCUUUCUUUUUUUCUCCAAAGCUUCAAAACGGCGGUUUUAGUACAUUACUGAUGAUUAGAAAACAGAGCGACCCACGCCCUACUGUUUAGAGAAAAGCCAUACUGCACUAACGUGUCACGUCAUUCUCUAACGCGGUCAUGGGUGCAACUUGGCUGAGAACGGAGCUGAUGUGAUGAACAGGAUGGACCUUUAGGCCUGUGAGCGUUUUGCAUUGUACGUCUGGUUAACGCAGAGCACGUACUGUAGAUGACUCACAGAUAAAAGAAUGAGGGUUUAACACAUCGAUAAGAACAUGAGCUCAAAGCAUGAAGUGACACCGUUGUUAUUUCUUUAUCUUCACUGGGUGAGAGAAGCAAGGAAAGAGAUGAAGAAAAUGAUUAGCGCUAACUGUGCGAGGCGGUGGUUCUGGACGUGAAAGGGAAACGUUCCAGCUUCCUUUCUGCCAGCUUAGCUGUGUGAGCGGGAGUUUCACAUGCAGCCAUUUGCUGGUGUUGUCAGAGAUAAAACAGAUCCUGUCUCGUAUAGACACAUGGGUAAAGAGUUCACGGAGUGAAAGCGGCCUACGCGUGAGGGUGUUUAAUGCAAGUGUGUUUGUAAAUAUUUCAUAGCCCUGUCACUUAUUGGUUCUAAUGGUGGAGGAGUGUGAAGCGAUGUGUCUGGCCCCACUUUAUACUAAGUGUCCUUAAGUAUUAUGUAAAUAAUUACCCCGGACUUUAUGUAAGUGCAAAUUAUUAAACUGAAGCACUUGUUUUAGAUUUAUAUAUGUUAAAGUACUAGUUAAAUAUUUGGGCGGAAUUUGGGUACAUCUCUUAACAUUUUUAUUUAAGAUGAUAUACUCUAUGCUCAUACAUGUCAUUAACUAAUCAGCAAGUCUAUAGUAACUCAACUAAUCACUCUUUACAACCACAGUGAGCAGAAAAGCAUCUGACACUUUGAACCGUGGGGUACAAUAGAAGAAGAAGAUCCCUUCAUGUUCCAGUUUCGGUGAACCCAUACCCACCCUGUAUAGCCUCAAAUUACUUUUCUUGGCUGGCAGAAGUGGAACACAAUGUGGUCUUCUUUGGUUGUAGCUCAUUUGCCUUAAUGCAUGAUGUGUGCGUUGAGAUUCUUUUCCAGUUCUGUUUAAAGAGUACAGAUGGUUGAGCAUAAAAUCCCAGGAGAUCAGCGCCUUCUGAAAAGCUCAAAUCGUACCAUCUGCUACUAACAACCAUGCCAUGCAACUAUGCAACAUGUGGCAGCUUUAAGUACAUCAUCAACUGUAUAGUACUAAAGGACACUUAAAGGGAUCGCUCUUUUCAACUUUUCAACUUUUCUAUUUUUUUAACUCAGUCUUAAAUUAAAAUUGAGGUGCAUAUAAAUACAUUACAAUAGGUCCUGGUUGUUAUAAAUAUUCCUGCUCUGCACACUGACUGUGAAG